UCCCGUUGGCCUGACGACGUUGAUAUUGUGUUAUAAUCACAUACGAAAUUAUCAAGCAAUUUUUUUGGCAAGUUGCUUUUCUUUCGUACAUUUUUCAAAGAUAUUUUAAUUAUAAAUUAACUUUUAAAAAUGGCGAGAAAUCCUUACGCUAAUACGCAAAUGCAGAAUUUUUGGAAGGAAACUGUGGAAAAAGAAGCAGCCGCUCGGUUACAAACCUUUGCUAAAAUGAAAGGGCUAGAACGAAAUAAGCCACGACAGUUAGAGGUAUUUCGUAAAAAAAUAGAAGACAACAAACCUUCAGAUACUCUUUUAGAAAAACUUCCGGCAAUCUCAUCUGAUGUGAAGUUUAACAGAAAGAAAGGCGAUCUAAACAGGAUAUCAUCAGCUACUUUAGCCAACAGCUCUGUUCUUGAUUCUCCUGAAAUGAUAGCACCAUCACCCACUGUUAGAAAACUGCUUUACGAUGGCUUCACCAAAGAAGGGAAGGGUCGUUACAUUUAUCUCAGACAGCGUUAUCACACGAUUCCAGAAGAAAAAUUUGCUUUUCCAACUUGUUCGUCAUGGGAGUAUGGCUGGAGGCUUGGAGAAGUUAUCAAGAAAGAAGACAUUAAGAAACCAAAAUUUGGCAGGACCAAAAUAGUUGAGGAUACUUUCUAUACCAGAAACGGAAUUGUGACUGAUUGUAAAUAAUGUUUCCGUAUUAUAAAGAGCAUUGUCAUCAAACUUUGUAGUAAUAUAUAUAUAUAAUAGUAACUUUCUUUUUUUGGAUUAAAUGUGGUGAAUUAUUCUACAAGUUGAACAUAUACUUUUUACUUGUCACCAGAAUCUCAAGAAAAUAUCUCAUCAAAGUGUCUACAAACAGAAUUGAAUUGCCAUUUUCAUAUUUUCUGCAUAUAGCCUAUCCUAAGCUAUUAAUGUAUAUUGCUCAAUGGAAAUUUUUACUGAGAUUUUUAAAUUUUUGCAUUAGAGGUCUGUAAACAAAUUAUUUAAUUAGAAGAAGUUUUGUGCAUAUUUCAUUAGUAAUUUAUUUUUUGUUCUUUUGCUAAUUUUGUGACAUUAUUAUGAAUAUUAUAAAUUGUUUUGUAAAAUGCAAAAUAGCCCUCAAAGAGCAGCCUAUUUAUUACCUAUUAUAUGCCUUAAAAUUGUGUGAUCCUUAAUCCAUUUUUCUCAUUAUGUUUGGACUUUUUAAAAGUUUUUUUUUUCUCAAGAGGUUUUAUAUUGUAAUUUAAAAUACUAUAUAUAUAUAUCAUAAGUAUAGAAGAAAUAUAUAAAAUCAAGUAAAUUAAAAAAAAAUUAAGUUGUAUGAGUAUUGGUAAUUAGAUUUUUGCUCACCAUUGUAAUUGUAUGUAAAAGAGAGUAGCUACAACCAGUAUUUUCAUAAUCAUCCUCAUGAUCAUCUGUUAAUGCUCAUUGGUGCAAGUCAUGAAGAAAUUAGCUUCUCCUCAUAUCUCGAUCAUUAAUCUCUACCAGUUGAGAUAUCAGACCAUCCUCCUUCAAUUUUUUCCUAUACUGAUUUUGUAAUAUUUUUUUCUUGUAUACUUUGAGUACUUUGAUCUCAGUUUGCUUAAGAGCACUUUUUUCUUCACACCUCCAAAACAUUUCAAAUUUAAGCAUUCAAACAUAUUGCUUAAAACUCCCCUCCCUGCUGUUUCUCAGCUUCUUGCCUUAAGGAUUAAAACUUGUUUUCAUUACUCAAAAUUCAUGCCUUUCCAUUCAAGUAAAUUACUUUGAAGUGUCUAAAAAGAAGUUCUCAUUUUUUUGAGUGUGUGAUGUGACCAAGUUCAGUGCAAAUAACUCUUACAGAGUAUUUCAAUAUUUUUUUGUUAGACUUUAUUGUUCAAUUAUAAGACUUCUUUUAUAUUUAAACUAGAAUUUCUUAAACCUGUAAUUAUGAAAAGUCAACACAACCCAGUCUAAGAUUAUAUUGUUAAUACUGUUUACAUAAAAGUAUCUAUAAAAUUUGAUAUGGCACAAAUCAUACAAAAUUAGGUUCUAGAUUUUCAUACUGUGUUGAAAAGAUGAUACUCUGUUGUGUUUUUUUUUAAAUUAUUGUUAUUUCCUACUGUAAACAUUGUGUUGAUGUAAGUUGGCUUUCCUUAGUGUAUAAUGUAUGUAUAUAAUAUUGAUUCAUAAAUAUCUGAUUUUUUAAUUUUGAUUUUUAAAGUAGGUCUUACUGUGAGUAAACAAUAUGUAGAACAGGUUUAGAAUUAUUAUUUUUUCUUGCUUUAGCAAUAAAAUAAAUGUUAUAAUCCCCCUACACACCAUUGAUAGAAGCAACUACAUUUUGUUAGGGAAAUAGGCCUAAAUUAACAAUUUAAUUUCUUGAAUAAAAAUAAUGCAAAGAUUGAUUUGUUUCAUGCACCCUUUAUUUGGGAUCCCUCAUUUCAAGCAAACAAAAAAGAAAGUAGAUCAAAACCAUGAGGUUUAUAACUCACAUUUAUUUUAGAGACACUUCAGGAUAGAAAGUUAAAAUGUUAAAUAGUGACAAUACACAAAAUACAAAAACCAUAAUUUUCAAAUUUAAGAAAAUACCAGUAAGACACACACACAAAUGCACAUUUCCUUCACCAUAUGCUAGGACCAAUUCAAAUAUAUAUAUAUUAUAUAUAUAUAUAUAUAUAUAAGUAUAUGUGUAUAAAUAUAGGCCAACUCUUUCUUCAUACAGACAUUAGAGCAUGGAAUCGGUUGUCUGACUCAGCCAGGAAAACAAUGACUUAGUAGAGUUUAAAUCUAAUUAACAUGAACAUGUGUGAGAAAUAUGAAUGUGUAGGAUGUAGGCCUAAUCUUUCCACCGUGAAUUUAUGUAUUCCCCUCUGAUGAAAAAAAGCUUUGUAUUCAUGAUAUUUUCCAUUCGUGUUGUUGUUUACGGUAAUUGUCUCAAGAAAGUUACUUCCCUUUAGAUAACUACAAUGAGAUAUUAAAAAGAAAGAUGAAAUAACAGCUCAAUUUGUCUUUCUUUAUAUGUAAAAAUCCCAAAGUAAUUUUCAAUAUUUUUUUUAAAGAGUGGUCACUCAAUAAAAAAAAAUAUCAUAUUUCUGGGCUUUAAAAAUAAUGAUAGAUUUUAUAAGAAAAUUGGCUGGUUGGGUAACACAUACACGUUUACAAAGUACUAAGUUACUAAGUGAUUAGGACAAUAUAAUAUUACAUCCAUAUUUUUUAGGUAGGCCUACAUUACUUCAUACACUAUUUGCUGGUAUUAUAAUAACAAGCUAUAUAAUUUAAGUAAUGAAAAAUAUUUUAAAAUGUUUCCUUUAAUAUGCUAUUUUACAAAUCAUUAGCUAGAAAUUUAGGAGUUCUCCUUUAAUGUUUCUAUGAAAUGAGUCUUUCUCCUUUGUUUAUAACAUCUUGGUAAGGUUAACACCAACAUUAGUUAGAAGUAUUAAAAUAUUUGUCUUCAUUAACUGACCUUAGGGGACAAAAGCACUAUAAUAUUUUAGAAAGUGAGUUAUACCCCUUGCAAAUGGUUACGCAUGUAUAAAUAUACUUCAUAGAAUAUUUAUAUAUAAUCUUUUAUGUAUUAAAAACCAGUAUUGUAAUAGUUACAUUUCAUAUGUAUAUUAUAUAAUUUGCUCUCUGUAACUCUUAUUCCAAAGCAACAACUUGUUAAGAAAGGGUAAUAUUCUUUAUAUAUAUAUAAAAUACAUAAACUAAUGGCUGAGGAGUACAUCUUUUAUUUUGAAAAAAGGUAUGAGGUAGUUUAAUUGUAACCAUGCACAUCUUCUACACACACACAUAGCAAGAUACAUCAUUAUUUAUUUUUCUUUUCUAUUAGUUAUUUGAAGCCUAUUAUCUCCCAUUACAGCAUUGACACUAACUUCCUCUUUCAGUUUGCAUACUUCAGUAUUACUGCUGCCUUCUUCAUUGUAUAGUUAUGUAUGUCUAUGUGUAUGUGUAGAAAGGCAAUAGGUAAUCCUGUAAUUAGAGGCGAAAUUAUAUUUGUAAUUCAUUUACAAUUUGAGUAGUUGUUUUAAUGGUCAAAGCAUUAAAAUAUUAUUUCCCAAUUUUUGAAGUUCACCGUUUUUAUGCCCAUAUAGGAAUAGGCCUAUAAUAUCAGUGUCUUAUUGUUCAUUUCUUUUUAUUAGCCUUAAAAAACAACAACACACAGUUGAAGGAAAAUUUAUUUUGAAUUGAAUCAUUUUUGUUGAAUUGUUGUCAUUAUAAAUGGAGUGAUAUCACUACAUAUUGAUUUUAUUUUGAGACUUGUAGCCUAAACAGGUAAAUUAGUUUGUGAUCCUUAUGUGUAAGUAUUAUGACUUGGAGCACAUAACAUUAUCAGCAGUUUAUAAGGGUCAUUGUAUCUGUUAUUUAAUGCAUCACACUUGUAUUGGUUUUUCUCUAAGUUUUACUUAUGUAUUUUGCAAGGCACAGACACCACACUUAUAAAGCUCACAUUACACACACAUAGCAAUAUUACUAAUUUUAAAACAUUAUUUGUUAUUAUUUUAAACCUGCUCAGAGACAGGCUAUGCUAUACGAAUGUUCACCUGUCACACUGUAAACCAGAGAAAGAAAGGGUCUGCUAGUCACAAGCGUGUAUAGUGUCACAUGCGAAAUAAUUUGUUCUUGUCUUAGAUCUGUAUUCUGAAUAGAAAAUCUAAUUUUUUAAAACGCUUCAUUUUUAAAAUCAGUAUUAAGCUGUUCUGUGUUAAUUGAUAUAAACGUUUAGAUGAUGACACACAACUAGUGUGAAAUGCAUCGCAGGUUUUUGUUUUUAUACUCUAUGUUCAUAGUUUGAAAUCACGUGCAUAUAUGGAAAUAAAACAUUAAAAGGCAA